CUGAGUCCAAUAUGGGUGGAUUUGUCAAACUGGAAGAGACUAUUUAACCAAAUUAUUGAAGACAUGUCAUGUUCACAAAAUUAAACAUCGAUCAAGAAGUGAGAUAGAGUUUUGACAUCUGAACAAAGUUUCUGCAAAUAAUUGUUGAUAGGAAUGGAGGAGGUGAAGUUGAUAGGGUCAUCUCCAAGCCUGUUCUGCACCAGGGUUGAGUGGGCUUUGAGGCUCAAGGGAGUGAAGUAUGAAUACAUAAAGGAAGACCUGAGAAACAAGAGUGAUCUGCUGCUCAAGUCAAACCCUGUGUAUAAGAAGGUCCCUGUGCUGCUAAUCAAUCACAACUCCAUUGCUGAAUCCCUCAUCAUCCUUGAAUACAUCGAUGAUUCGUGGAAACACUACCCACUGUUGCCUCAAGAUCCUUUUGAAAGAGCACAGGCUCGAUUCUGGGCAAAAUUUGCAGAUGAUAAGUGUUUGAUGGGUACUUGGACUGCUUGCAUGGCUGAAGGGGAAGAAAAAAUGAGAGCCAUAGAGUCUGUGCAGGAAUCAUUUGCAUUUAUUGAGAAACAGAUUGAAGGGAAGAAGUUUUUUGGAGGAGAGGAGAUUGGGUUUCUUGAUCUAGGCAUAGGGUGGAUUUGUCUGUGGUUAAAUGUAAUGGAGGAAGUUGGGGGAAUGAAGUUGCUUGACCCUGAAAAGUUUCCUUGCCUGCACAACUGGGCUCAAAACUUCAUCAAAAUCCCUGUUAUUCAUCAGUUUCUGCCACCAAGAGAUGAUCUUCUCAACUAUUUCAAAGCCAGUCUCAACUACAUCCGGUCCUUGGCAGCAGGCAAGCCAUGAUUAUUCUCCUGUCUAAUUUGAUGUCUUCUAAGGGUGAAUCUAUCAGUCUUGUACUAUACUCUAGUCAUAUAUAGUUUAAGAUUCCUUGAAAAAGAUAGAGUCUUGUACUCAUGUAGUACUAUACAGUUUAAGAUUGAAAAAUCUCUAUUUCCUGUUAAAGUGUCACAAAUGAAAUAACAACUUGCACUAUAUCAUCUGACU